GCAUUUUUUGGUGAAUAACACAAACACAACAGAAAAAGAAAAAAAAAUAAAAAAUUUAGGAAAAUUAUUUUGUUGAAUAAAUGUAAUUAUUGUAAAAGUAAUAAAAUUUCCGCAACUACAAUGUCUACAACAUCUUUGUGUCGUUUAUGUAUCUGUGACUACACCGAAAGCAAGAGUUUAUUCGAUGAACUUGGCCAGGGAAAUGAAGUCUACGAAAUUACUGUGAAAUAUUUUGAUCCCAUGUUUCUUAACUCGCAACAAUAUCCACAACUGUCUAUGGUAAUAUGUAUGAAAUGCUGGCAUCACAUUAGCGAUUUUCAUUCCUUCCAACAGACCGUGCUCAAUGCUCAAACAAAACUAGAACAAGAAUUUAAACAGAUUGUUACUAAUAUUAAAGUGGAGGAUGAUUUGUUAGCUGGCACAGAACAUAUCAAUACACAAAAUACGGGGGAGUUGUACAAUGAUGUUUUUAAUAAUAAAAAUGUGGAUGUAGAGGAGAAAAGUGAAAUAUUUUUACCCGAUUUAGAUGCGGACGACAUCAAGGAUGACAAUCCCUUUUCAACGGAUGACGAAAAGCCCUUGAUUACUAGUUUGCCCAAAAGCACAAGAAAAAAACGUGGAAGAAAGCCGAAAAAGCAAGAAGACAUUGAAAAGGAUAUUUCCCCCGUAAAGCGCACAAGAAAACCAAGAAGCAAGAACAGCACAGAAGAAAGCACACCACAGACAAAAACUACAAUAAAACGCAAAGCAAAAACAAAAGAUUUGAACCAUAAAAGUCCGCCUGUAAAAACGGAAUCUGAAAUAGAAACUUCUGCUAAAGACACUGAUGUUAAUCAGAAUUCGGAAAAUAAUGACCAUGAUUCUAAUGUAUCCUCAAAUGAUGAUGACGAUGAUUAUGACAUUGAUCAGGACGAUAAUGAUAGCGAAAAUAAUCAUCACCAGGACGACCCGGAUGCCUUUGUUUCAUCCAAUGACAAACAAAAGACGGGUAAACAAAAAACGAAAGAGAUUGAUGCAUUUAUUGCGGAAUGGAAACAAGAAUUGGAGUGUGACAUUUGUAAUCAAGUUUUUACAAAUUUAACCUUUUUAAGAAAGCAUUUUAGCACUGAGCAUCCCAAACAAAAAUGUUACGUUUCCUGCUGCCAACGCAAAUUGAAGCAUCGUUUUGAUAUAGUCGAGCACAUACGCUUCCACAUAGAUCCAGAUACGUUUAAAUGCAAAAUUUGUGACAAAGUCUCUACAAAUAGUCGUAAUCUGAAUAAGCAUAUGCAUGAAAAACAUACGGCCGAAGGACAAGAGCGUCCAUUUGAAUGUUCGAUAUGUCAGAAACGGUUUGCUAAAAAAUGUACCCUUAAAACGCAUAUGGAAACACAUGAUACGGGGAAAGAUUUUAAAUGUAACGAGUGUGGAAAGGGCUUUUCUACCGAACAACGCCGAAAGAUUCAUGAACGUAUGGUACACAAUGUUGAUCGUGUAUGUGACCAAUGUGGCAAAACAAUACACGGCGUUUAUGCUCUAAAACAGCACAUACUCGAACAUGCUGGAAUUAAGAAACGUAAAUGGCCCUGUGAUCAGUGUAAUGCCGAACUAAAUUCCCGUUCCAGUUUAAAACGUCACAAAACGGUGGCUCACCACGACGGAUCUACGGUUUAUGUCUGUAGUGAAUGCGGUAAAAUUGCUCCCACAGAGACGGCUUUGCGUAGUCACAAGAAAUACGUCCAUCAAGCAGAGCGUAAAUUUAAAUGCACCAUUUGUGACAAGGGCUUUAAGGUUGCCAUCGUAUUGCGAGAACAUAUGGCCACCCAUACGGGAGAAGAUUUGUACCAGUGUCCUCAUUGUCCAAAGACAUUUAAAGUUAAUGCCAACAUGCAUCAUCAUCGAAAGAAGGCGCAUCCCAAGGAAUGGGCGGAAGGCAGAAUGAAUAAACCGAUCAUAACAAAAGUGGACGUUAAUUUGGUAUCAAAUGAAAUUUUUAAGAAGAUGUCUGCAACAACUUUAUGUCGUUUGUGUAUUUGUGCCCACACGGAAUUUAAAAAUCUAUAUAAUGAACAUGACCAAGGAAAUGAAGUCUACGAAAUUACUGUAAAAUAUUUUGAUCCCAUGUUUCUCAACUCCCUGCAAUAUCCACAACUCUCAAUGAGUAUAUGCAUAAAUUGUUGGCAGCACAUUUAUGACUUCCAUAACUUCCAAAAGUCUGUUCUCAAUGCUCAAAUGCAAUUUGAAAGAGAUGUUAAAGAAAUUGUAACUGAUAUUAAAUUAGAAAAUGUUUUCUCAGCUGAAGUAGAGCCUGUUGCUGAUAAUAUACUAUGUUUUAGCGAAGAAAAUACAAAAGAAAUAGCUGCUAAAAAUGAAGAUUCUAACUCAUUCGAUAGCAUCAUGGCAGAUGAUAACACCUUCACAAUGGACUUAUUGGAGGUAUUACCCAAACAGACAAGAAAAAGCAGCAGACAAAUUAAGAAACAAGAUAAAGAAAAAAUGUCAGUAAAAUGUGUUAGACAAGCAAAAAAAGACGAAAAAAGAAAAGAACCUCCGGGAAAAUGUAGACCAAAAUUAAAGAGAAAAACACAGGUUAAAAACAAACAAAAUGAGAAAGACAAGCUUACAAAGGACACUGACAUAAUAAAAACAGAAAUUUUAAACGAUUCUUCCAAUUUAUCAUUAAACUAUAAUGACGUUAAUGAAAGCGACAACGAUAAUUAUGUUGCAGAUCCAGAUGCAUUUGUUUCUUCAAAUGAUAACCAAAAGUCAGUUAAAGAAAAGAGAAAUGAAAUUGAUGCAUUUAUUGCAAAAUGGAAGCCGUCAUUGGAGUGUGAUCUGUGCAAUCACAAUUUUAAAAACCUUACAUUGUUGCGAAAGCAUUUUAGUUCAGAACAUCCCCAGCAGAAAUGUUAUGUUUCCUGUUGUCAACGCAAGUUAGUACAACGUUUUCAUAUAGUCGAACAUAUUCGCUAUCAUAUGGACUCAAAUACUUUUAAAUGCAAUGAAUGUGAAAAGGUGUUUCUCACUAGCCGAAAUUUAAGUUAUCACAUGCGUGAUCAACAUACUGCCGAAGGACAAGAGCGUAGCUUUGAAUGCACCAUAUGUCAAAAGCGUUUUUCUAAAAAAGGAGCACUGAAAAAACAUAUCGAAACACAUGACACCGAUCAAACGUAUAAAUGUAGCCAAUGUGAUAAAGGAUUUUCUACAGAACAACGUCGAAAAAUUCAUGAGCGUGCAGUUCAUAACGCUGAUCGAGUGUGUGAUCAAUGUGGAAAGACGAUACAUGGUGUCGCUGCUCUUAAACAACAUAUGCUUGAACAUGCUGGCGUAAAGAAACCAAAAUGGCCAUGUGAUAAGUGUAAUGCUGAACUGACUUCAAGAUCUAGUUUAAAGCGUCAUAAAACUAUUCAUGAAUCAUCGCAAGUUUACGAUUGCAAUGAGUGCGGCAAAACUUGUUCUAGCCAAAUGGGUUUGCAAAGUCAUAAAAGAUAUUUUCAUCAAUUGGAGCGUAAAUUUAAAUGCACCAUUUGUGAAAAGGCCUUUAAAGUUGCACAUGUUUUACGCGAACAUAUAGCUACCCACACUGGAGAAGAUUUAUACAAGUGCCCGCACUGUCCUCAGACAUUUAAGGUUAAUGCCAAUAUGCACCACCAUCGGAAAAAAAUGCACCCCAUAGAAUGGGCAGAGGGUAGAGCGAAUAAAUCGUAUACUACUAGCAAUCUGAGGUCAGCUGAUAAUAUCUAAUAAAAAAUGGUAAGGAGAUUAAAAAUUAUGGUUGUAUGUGUAAUUUGUAAAGAAAAAUAAAAGCCAAUAUUUCUAAAAAAAAUAUCGGGACAAAAUUGGACCAACGACUCGUCCAUCGCCCCCAUAUAUAAUGAA